CGUGGUGGUCCCCACAUGAGCUGUGACUUGCUGACUUGCUCACUUCAUGCUGGCUUGGCUGGUGGUGAUGAUGGUGUUUCGUUUCGCGCAGGUGAUGUGCAGGUGGGUCGAGAACCGGCCGCGUGGGUCGUGGGCGCCCCCCUCAUCGCGAGCUACCGAACAGGAAGGUGGGAUGGAUUCGAGGGACUCGAGGUCAGUCCUGGCGUGCUGCGUCCGUCAUGCUCGUCACGGUGCGCUGGGCUGCUCUGCGCCGCGUUGCGUGACGGGUUGGUGCGUCCAACUGUGCGUGAUGGGAUUGCGGGUCCCUCUCGAGUCGCCAACCGGGUCAUUUUAUGCUUGAUGGUAGACGAUCCUGCGACCGACUCAUUACGUUGGCUGCUGCUUUUCAGCCAAGACCGGAAGCCCAUGCCGCUGGUUGGUGCCAGCGACAACACCAACAAUUGCGCCACAAACAACAAUGACAUUCACGACGGCCCAAAACCCUUCACGGCCGUGCCCCACGGCCGUGCCAUCACGUCCCGAUUCCAUGGCGGUGGAAACGUCAACAAGUGUGUGGCGUGUGGAUCUACUGCUACUACUAUGUAGUAUGUGUUUGGUUCAAGGUUCCAUUGUUCCCAGACGCGACCCCGGCCUCACGGACGGCACUCGUCCCGCCCACUCGGAAGUCCGAGGCUAGCAGCCCGGGGGACUUCACGAUAGCGCCCUGGGUGGGCUGAUGGACUCUGGGCGACACGGCGCCCAGGGACUCCAGGCCUGGCCCGACGGGGUCUCGAUGUGAUUCCACCAUCUGUUGCCAUUCUGGGCCAUGGAAAUUCUCCGAAUAGAAGCAGUCAGGCACAAACGACGGGUGGGUUUCCUGUCUGUUUUUUUUCUCUCCCUCCUCCAUCCUCGACAUUCCGGUUCCGCGGCCGGGCGAAAAACGUGCCUCUGGGGGGGCGGGAACACUGCUCUUUUACACCACAUAGGGGCACGGGGGACAUGCGGGCGCCAGAUAAAUUGAACUUGUGGAGUCCACCUUGUCACAGCCCCCGAGGUUCGCCCAGGCGAGACUGGACCCGCACCGGCUGAUCAUUUCCCAUUCGUAUCACCACCCUCGGCCAUUCAGCCUGGUAGGGGGGGUUCCCGGGCCAGGGCAGGAAGGAAUAAUAAAUAAGAAUCCCACGCGGGCCCAGCACUCGUGUGCUGCCACGAGAGAGCGAGGGAGGCUUCUGGCUCUUCUCUCCCCGGCCUGUCACUUCCAUCUCCGAUCCGAUCAUCACAUCACGAUCAUGCCGAAAUCCAGUUACCUGUGCGGCUAGCCUCUCUUUUCUCCGGAUUCAUUCUCUGCCCCCUUCCUCUCCUUUCCACGCCGUAGAUAACAGCACGGGCUCUUCGUCGCCCAUCACAUUCUCUUCCUCCUGUUUCUUCUUGUAUAUUAUGAUCCUACCCCGGGACGAGUCGGUCGCCACCGGCUCAUCCACCACCACCGGCUCCGUCAGCGUGCAAACCCCCCGGGCUGGACCCGAGAUGAAGUUCGUGGAUCCGUCGACCCAGGUUAAUUGGGGGAUAUGGACCUUGUUUGCGGGCGCAACCGCCUUCCUCACCCUCCGCAUAUGGAGCAAAAUGCACCGGCGCCACGGCCUGUGGUGGGAUGACCACAUACUGAUAUCCUCUUGGUUGGUGCUGCUGGCGACCAACAUCUUCAUAACAAUCGAGCUCGCCACCGGCUACGUGUCCGAGACCUGGGACGACCGCAUGCUCAUCCUCGUCUCGAUAUCAUCAUGCCUCAUCACCGUCGGCCAGACCCUCUCAAAGACAGCAUUCGCAGUGACCCUGCUGAGGAUCACCGAGUCCUGGCAGAGGCUUGCGUUAUGGGUCAUCAUCGCGUCGCUGAAUCUCUACCUCGCCAUCCUCCUCGUCCUCAACUGGGUCAACUAUUGCGGCCAGCAGGUGUAUUGGUGGAAGAUCCCAGUCGUGUGCGCCCCGUACGAUACCAUCUUCCAGAUCAAGAUCGGGCAGAAUGUAUUUAACAUCAUCAUCGACUUUGUCUUGUCUCUAUUCCCAUGGCUGGUCACAUGGAAGCUGAGGAUCGAGAGGUACGAGAAGAUCGGCCUCUGCGUGGCUAUGAGCCUGGGCACGAUAAUCGCCAUCUUCACAAGCGUUCGCACGUGGUACAUGCUGGAUCCAGAUCUCAACACGUAUGACUCGUGGUACGUCUGGAGACAGGGCCACACAGAGAUAUGGUACCAGGCCGAAGUGGCGGGGACAAUCAUCGUCCAGACGCUCCCCGUGAUCCGCCUCAUCAUCCAGGACCUGCAGAUGUCGCUCAUGUCGACCAAGCUCAACGAGACGGCCGGCCGGAUCCCAACAAUAGGCACGGCCACCAACAAGACCGCGAGGAACAGCCGCGCGUGGGCGGCCGCCAACAACCCUCACUCGCUCUCGGACGUGACAGUGAGCGGCGGCGGCGGGAGCAGGCGGUGCAGCGCGGCCUCGGCGCACGACAAUGACGGCGGCGAGGCGGGCGUCGUGGGCACGGGGACGGUAGAGCACUUCGAGCUGCGAGACCUCGAGAAGCUGGGCACCGAGGACACCCGCGACCACAGGGAGUCGAGGUCGACCUUCAGCAACGAUGACGAGCGCCCGGUGCACAUCGGCUCGGCCUUUUGAGAGACCUGGCCGGAACCCUCUGCUACGAAUUUCCUGUACAUAAAGUUUUGUGACGAGCGAUUUGAUUUACCAAAAAAAAAGUGCGAUACCCUGUUGUUACCCACCUGCCGAUGACCGGUUUUCCCUUGUCUCCCUUCUCUGCAUGCAAUGUUCUGGGCCCUUGCGGGGCUGCAGGCAAAGAUCGUGACAUAUGCAGCCUUUGCCGCGGUUGGAUCUCAACAUGUGUCUGCGAGCAACAGGACUCCCGUCACUGUCGCCAUCAAUGUGGGCUGUGGACUCCUUCAUUCCGGCAGCCGGGGGUUUUACCGAAAACACCGCCUGCUAGACCCGGCUCAACCGUGAUCGCCGGCCAAGACAGACAAAACCCCCGGAGCCCUGGGCCCCACGAGGCGAGGGGUGAAUAUAAGCGGGGCGGGGUCGACAUCAGGGCAAAAGAAAGGGAAAAAAGCGAGCCCGGAGCGUCCUAGUUCUUGGUGGUGGUGGUGAUGGUGGUGGUGGUGAGGCUCAAUCACGGGUACGUAAUCAUCUCCUCUUGGUGAACCGUUCUGGACAAGGGGCUCGGCCCGUGGGGGCAUUUGUUUUAUGCUUGGGUCCAGGGUGGUUGCAGCACUAGCAGGCUGGGCACGAGAGUACUAGUCAUGACUCGACUCGAGGGGCAGUUGCUUCUCAUAUAACGUGCUCGGGGCUCUGAAUGCCUCCGGCCAUGCCACAGAAACAAA